AUGAAGAGUACUGCCAGGCCUUGGAGUGCAAUGGCAAAGCAAGGGAGUCAUGGGGUUGACAGAGGAAAGUCGCCUUCCACCACCUCAACAGGAAUGAAGACAUCAAAGUCCUCGACUUCACUUGCCUUUGAAUCUCGGCUCAGCAAGCUGAAGAGGGCAAGCAGCGAUGACAUGCUGACAAAGCCAGGGGUGGCAGCAGCUUCUGGAGUCUCUAGACUGAAGAAGACCAUUACAACAGGAGCGAUUUCUGAGCUUGCUGAGAGUCGGCUGAAGCCCAGCACAGCAACAGUUUCAGCUGCAAAGCGCACAGGGAUUCCAGCACCCCGGGAAAUAUCAUCAUCUGUAUCCAGAGAGAGAGCUGUAUUGCGUGGCCAAGCCAAUGCUAGGAAGACACAACCCAGCGCCACCUCCUCUGGUACAGUGACUCCUACCAAACAUGUGCGCCCCACUAGCAAGUCCAAGCAAGAGAAUGAAACUGGUGACAAGGCUGUUCUGGAAUCUCAGGUUAAAGAACUCCUGGCAGAAGCAAAGACAAAAGAUUCUGAAAUUACCAAACUCCGUUGUGAAUUGAAGAAAUGCAAAGAGAAAGGGUCACUUAACACUGAAGGAAUGGGUGCUUCCAACCAAAAUUUAGAAACAGUAUCACCUGUUGACAUAGAUCCAUUAAUACGGACCCUUCAGGAAAAAAACAGGACUUUUCAAAAAGAGCUUGCUAGCCUGGGAGAAGAAAAUCGUGUUUUGAAAGAGAAAUUGCUUUAUCUAGAGAACUCUCCUCUGUCAGACACAACAACAAGCAGUGGAGGUGACAGCAGCCUCCCAACCCCAACUACCCAAGAAUCCAGUUUUGGAAGCCCAUCAAAAAAUGUCUUGAGAGGUGAAAUGGAUGAGCACAGGCAGCAUGUGAAUGGGGGCGCACUGCGCAAUUCAGGUUCUUCCAGCAGUGAUGUAACUAAAGCUUCCUUGUCACCUGAUGCGUCUGAUUUUGAACAUAUAGCAGAUGUACCUUCCAGGCCAACGUCCUCCAACAGCAACCAUUUCAAAGGUUCCAAAUGCUCCACUACAGGAAGUUCUCCGAACAAUAUUAGUGACCUUUCUGUUGCAUCUCUUACAGAGAGAAUACAAAAAAUGGAGGAGAAUCACCAUAGCACAGCAGAAGAAUUGCAAGCCACUUUGCAGGAGCUGUCGGAUCAACAGCAAAUGGUGCAGGAGCUGACAGCAGAAAAUGAGAAGCUAGUGGAAGAGAAAACUCUCCUGGAGACUUCCUUUCGCCAACACAGAGAGAGAGCAGAACAGCUAAGCCAAGAAAAUGAAAAGCUAAUGACUCUCCUCCAAGAGCGAUCCAAGAAUGAAGAAGGCAGAGCUCAGGAGGGGAAGGUCCUUGAACUGGAACAGAAAUGUGCAGAAGUUCUUGAAAAAGCACAAUUUGAAAGAGAGAAAUUGCUCAACAUUCAGCAACAGUUAACCAGCAGCCUACGAAGCUUAGAAAGGGAGCAUCAAGAUGCCCAGCAAGUGAUUAAAAGCCUGAGAGAAGAAAAUGAGAAGCUGCUUAAACUUCUGGAAGUGGAACAGCAGAGCAACAGCACAGUGACAAAAACUCUGGAGGACUGUAAAAUUGCCCUAGAAGGUCUAAAAAUUGAGAAUGGCUCUCUCAAAACUCAGUUAGAGAGUGAGAAACAAAAGGCCGCAGAAAUCAAUGCGAUGGGAUGUACUACUGACAACUCUGAGGUGCAAGAGAUGCUGAAAGUAGCCCAUGCAGAAAAGGAUCAGCUAGAAGCAUCUUGCACUGAGCUUAAACAAGAGCUGCUGAAGGCAAACAGUGAACUGAAGCACAUUCAGGGUCUGCUGUCGAAGGCUGAGAAUGAAUGUGGUCAGCUGAAGGAGGUGUGUGACCGGCAGGCUGAGCAACUGAGCAGAACCAGCCAGAAGCUGCAGGAAAAAACAUCAGAGAAUGAAGCAGAUAUAAAAAACCUGAAAGAGACCAUUUUCGAGUUGGAGGACCAGGUGGAACAACAUCGUGCUAUAAAACUUCACAAUAACCAGCUCAUCAGUGACCUAGAAAGUAAAGCAGUGAAGCUGGAAGAACAAAAACAAGAUACAGAGAGGCAGCUGAAGGCUCUGACUAAGCAAAUGAAGGAAGAUACAGAAGAGUGGAGGCGUUUUCAAGCUGAUCUGCAGACUGCAGUGGUUGUAGCCAAUGAUAUUAAGUGUGAAGCCCAGCAGGAGCUCCGUGUGGUAAAGAGGAAGCUUCAGGAGGAGGAGGAGAAGAGUGCCAGACUGCAGAAGGAGCUGGAUGAAGUGAAGGGCAGCAACAGGUUGGUUACUUACAAAGGCCAGGUGAUUCCUGUAACUGAAGAGGUAGAAUCUCUAGAGGCAGAUACAACCAACCGCUGGCAAGGAGUCUGCAUUAGCAGAGCAUCUCCCACACCAUCAGAAUCUGCAGCCACUGUGAAGUCGCUGAUAAAAUCAUUUGACUUAGGAUGCUCAGGUAGCACCGGACAAAAUAUCACAGUUCACAAGGUCCCCAGGAGCCCUCUAAGUGGAAUUCCAGUGAGGACAGCCCCAGCAGCUGCUGUUUCCCCCAUGCAGAGACAUUCUGUUUAUAAUAAUGCCAAGCCAGCCAGCAAGAGCGUUGCCAGACAUACCGAUCUUUCAGACCUCCCUCUUGCAGACCUUCUGAAGGGGAGAAAUGAUGAGCUGAAACCAGACCAUUUCCUCCGUAAAAGCCCUUCCCUGGAAUCCCUGAGCAAACCCCCCAUGGCCUUCAGCAGCAGAAUGCUUACCUCUACCCCCAGCAGCUUGAAACCCCAAAGCAAACUCAGUGUGGAGAGAAAGGACCCACUGGCAGCCCUGGCUCGGGAGUAUGGAGGUUCAAAGAGGAAUGCUCUGUUGAAAUGGUGCCAAAAGAAGACUGAAGGUUACGAGAAUAUUGAUAUUACCAACUUCAGCAGCAGCUGGAGUGAUGGGCUGGCCUUCUGCGCUCUCCUGCACACAUAUUUGCCUGCACAUAUUCCUUACCAGGAGCUCAACAGCCAGGAUAAAAAGAGAAAUCUGCUGUUAGCAUUUCAAGCCGCUGAAAGUGUAGGCAUCAAACCCAGCCUGGAACUCAGUGAGAUGAUGUACACAGACCGGCCAAACUGGCAGAGUGUGAUACAGUACGUCGCCCAGAUUUACAAGUACUUUGAGACCUGAGAUGCAGAGCAAGAGGUGGACAGAAGUGGGGAAGAGAACAAAGAAUGCUACAGAUGCACUCGAUCACUUUAAAAAUCCACUUGCUCCUCUUCCACAACCAACCUAAGCUCUUAGUUUGAAAGAAAGCUCUUCCAUAAUUUUGAUUAGAUUACAUCUGGGACUGUAACCAAAUAAAUAUCCAUUGACCAUCUAUACAAACCAAAUUCAUCUGUAAUUUUAUUCCCACGUGGAAAUUGCAAAG